GCAUAAAAGCCCAGUUCGUUCCCAUUUAAGGUUAAGUUUCUGUCAGUUUGACGUUCAAGAUGUCGCGUCAGCAACACGACGACGAAUUAUUUGAAAUAAAAAACUUCUACUACAUUGGAAAUUAUCAGCAGUGCAUAAAUGAGGCACAAAAACUGCGCAAGCCCUCGACCCCCGAGGUGGCCAUCCAACGCGACAUUUUCACCUACCGCUCAUACAUGGCCCAGAACAAAUUCCUGGUAGUGCUGGACGAAAUCAAGCCGUCCUCACCCGAGGAAAUCCAGCCCUUAAGACUCCUGGCUGAAUAUUUAUCCUCCAAACAAAAACGCGAGUCUAUUGUCGCCCAAAUAGACCAGAAGCUGGCCUCCAACGUCGAAAGUGACACUCUUGCACUUGUGGCCGCGACAAUAUACGUUAAUCAGAACAAUCUAGAGACGGCAUACCGCGUUUUGCACGCGUCUGAAAGCUUGGAGGCUUUGGCUUUUAUUAUUGAUAUUUUGCUGAAGAUUGAUCGCGUUGAUUUGGCCAGGAAGAAGUUGAAGGAAAUGCAGGAGAAGGACGACGAUGCCACGUUAACGCAGUUGGCACAGGCGUGGGUCAAUAACGCGAGUGGUGGGGAAAAGCUGCAAGACGCCUAUUAUAUCUAUCAGGAAUUGGUUGAAAAAUAUGGGGCUACACCUUUGCUGCUUAAUGGCCAAGCUGUGGCUCUUCUAGGUCAGGGGAAGUAUGAGGAGGCGGAAGCUGCUCUACAGGAGGCUUUAGACAAAGAUGCUAAUUAUCCAGACACUUUGAUCAAUCUUAUCGUUUUACAUAAACAUACAGGGAAAACGCCUGAAAUUGCAAGUAGGUAUUUGUCUCAGUUGAAAGACGCUCAACCAGAUCAUCCAUACAUUAGAGACUUAAAACAGAAAGAAAGUGAAUUUUCAAGGAUUUGUAAACAGUAUGGUCCUUCAGUUUCAACCAUUCCGACGUAAAAUGUGUGAAAAAGUUAUUAUUUGCUGUAAAAAAAUUAUAUAACGUUUAAGUUAAUUGUAUUACAUGAAAAAUAAAGCCCAUAAUCAAU